AUGUCCGCGGGCUUCUUAGGGCUAGUUAAAUUUCUCAAUAACUCGUACGCGUCCGUGCCCAUGACUGCUAUUAACGUUGACGAGGAGCCCAUACUGGUGGAGCAGUCGGAGGUCGGAGAAGAGCAAAGCAAGGAACUCAUGGAUGUAGACCCGCUCGUCAAGUCGGAGACGGGUGAUGUGAUGAGUGGCGGCGACUCGUCAGCGGCGGUGUGUUCGGACGGCAGCGCCGCCCGCGCCAGGGAGCAGCUUGCGAUGGCUUGUUCCGUGGUGCUCGAGCGCCUCCGCGACGACACGACUGUUCACAGUGGAGACAAACCAUAUAGCUGCGAGCACUGUGGAAAACGUUUCAGAAACAAGUCUAUUUUAAGAAAACACAUUCAACACACGCACUUAUGGACCGGACAAAAAACAAUUGCUUGUGACUUUUGUAGCUCUACGUUUCAAACCAAAUUGCUUGUGAUAGAACACGAGAAAAGCGAACACGGUGUUACAAAUUUCAUGUGUGCUGAAUGUGAAUAUACAACAAGUUCCAAGAAAGGUUUAGAGACUCAUUUAAAGAAUCACUCUUUUGAAUAUAGUUAUGCAGUUGGAAGUCACAAUUACAAGAACACCUGA